AUGGAGAAAUUUCGAAAUCUGAACAUUCGAGAUGACUCAGAUAUCACGGGUGUCAUUUUUUCGAAGCUUAACCUUGAGGAUCAGAAUGAGAACGAUAUUCAUGAUGUGAUAAUGGAAGAUUACAAUUCCGAAGAGAAUGCAAAUAAUACUGAAUACAAACAAUUUUCAGGGAAUAUGGAUGAUUGUGAGGACAAGGAUACGCUUAUGGAUGAUGGCAAAGAGACUGAUGUGACGAUGGAAGACCCAGAAGCAGAAUUAGAGACAGAAAAAGAGAAUGAAGGCGAUCAUUCUGUGUUGAUUGAUGUUUUAUUUAAUCCCACAAUGCAGGGAUGCAAACUUGCAAGCGGGAGGGACUUUCUUCCUAACAUAACACAAACAAAAACUGCAAAAUGUGAGGCACAUGGCUACAAAGAGGAGAGAAUGAGCACAGAUGAGCAUAACGAAGACUCAAAUACUUUGAAGGAGGAACCAGAAAAAGAGAAAGAAGAAGAAGAAGAAGAAGAAGAAACUGAAGACGUUGAAGAGGAUGAUAGUGACAGAAAUAAUUCGGAAAGGGUGGAAAAUAUAAUUAGGGAGACGGAUGAUUCAAAGCAGCAUUCUGGAAAUGCGUUUGCAAUUGGAAGUCAUAUACCAGAAAAGUUGUACGAAGAAGAGGAAAACGGACGAGGUGAAUCGGAAUCUCAUACGGAAAACAAGAAUUUUAACCUUGGGGAAAAUAAAUAUGGCAACAAAGAGGAGUUUUCGCAUGGCGCCUUUUCAAAUAAUGCUCCUAGGAUAUACAUCAACCAAAACAACUUUUUCAGAGAUUAUGACGAUUAUGCAGCUUUUAGAUCUGGAUUGCGGAGGAGAAGAAUGGGAAUGUAUCGCGGGGAAUUUAGCGAUACUGAUGACAAAGAUGAAUGGCAAACUGCCAAACCAAUCUGGAAAACACCGUACGUUUUAUCAACGUACUUGCAAAUACUCAUGAACUCGGUUGUAGCGAGCUACUUGAUAUACCAGGGAUAUCUUUUUCUGAAAGUGAUCAAACAGGACGUAUCAAUAUCGGUGGAUAACCGUAUGCUGGAUGCAGAGUACAAAAUAGAGGACUGCAAGUACAACUAUGAAAUCAAUAAAUGCAAGAUUCAAAGGCUACCUGCUUUGGAAAGGCAAUGCGCUGAAUGGGAAAAAUGCAUGAGGAAAAAAGCGUACAUGUUAAUUAACUACAGUGAACUUAUUGUGUCUAUUGUAGGAUCAUUAAUCAACAAUUUUAUAGAGUCAUUUGGAUUCAAGAGUUUCGGUUUUCUUGCUUUGGCGGCAUUAUUUCUGUACGCUUGGAACUUUUCCUGCGGUUAUGUUAGGGCUAAAACUUUUUACGGGCCACAUCUUGUUGGGGAUGACACACAAGCAUUCACGAGAAAAGCAAUCGGAUCAGGAAAUAAUAAACAAAUGAUCAAAUCAGAACAGGCGAUGAUCUAA